AUGUCGACAGUGCCCAGGAAAUUUACGGUAACCCACAAAUACCAACGCAGACGGAGGCGACAGCCCUACCCGGUCAGAAGCAUCACCACCCGAAGCCAGUGCAAGACCAGCGGCAGCUUCUUUGAAAGGCUGCCUGGUGAAGUGUUUGACAUGAUCCUAGACAGACUUUCUGUGUUGGAGAUCAGUGUUUUCAGCAUGGUGUCCAAAACCAUCAGCAGCGACAUCGCGGACCACAUCUCCACUAUCUCCUGGAUAAACAGGAUGAUCAACCAGAGCUUCCACCACUGUGACUCCACAGAAGAAAGUCGAGUCAGCCACUAUAACGCUUUGGGCUUGUUGUUCAAGAGAUGUACUCUAUUGCUACCAACAAAGGACAGGUUAAAGUUUAUAUAUAGCAAGGUCUCCCAGGUCCCCUGCUUCAUGAUGGAGCAGUGCACCACCUCUGCUCACUGCCUGGGCUUCUCCAGCUAUGGAGUGUUUCUGCAGACACUGAUAGCGGGCUGGGACGAGCUGGAGUGCCAUCGAGUUUUCAACUUCCUGUGUGACUUAACAAACCUCCAAAGGAAGAUCCAGUCAGUGGUGACAGGGAAGCCAGGUACAUUGUGUUUCCUGGAGCUGCAGAUUCGCCUGUUCUGUCGUCAGGUUCUGUUGGACCCGUGGCAGCACCGCCGAGACACCCUGUUCUGGCUGACCCGCAUCCUCAAACCCUGGCCCAUGGUUAGCCAGGCCAGACUGCUCUUCAUCCUCUACGGACCCCUGCUAUCAGACAGCUCACUGGGCUGGCAGGAGAUGCGGGGGCCUGAUGUGGCCCACUGUGCUCUUUGGGACCUUGCUAAGGCUGUCGUCCUGCUUCACAGUGACCGAGAGGCCAAAGACUGGACCACCGACACGAUACUGGCUGUCCUGGAAGAACUCACCGUCCUCCCCCAGGCCUGGCAUGCAGAGAGUGUAUCCCGCCUGUUGGUCCUGUGUGGAAACAGCCUGUGCUACAGCGUGUUGGCUAGCAAGGCCCUCAACGGACGACUCUUUGAGAUCUCACGACUCAUCGUUUACGUCACACUGGUGUGUGAGAAGGAUGGCUUCUGCAUGAACUGGUCAGUGAAGAUGGUUCAGCAGCUGUGCCACGUGUUCCCCACCUCGGCAGAGAAGUGGUCCUUCAUCCAGAGCCUGGAGAACAUGUUCUCCGAGGUCACCAUGGAGCUGUACGAGGUGGUCCUGGCAGGUAACCGUCUUGAGGACAUUGACACGUUCCAGACCCUCUGCAGCCUCCUCAAUGCCAGUGCCCACUUCCACACUGAGAUCCUACACAUGUUCCUCAAAAAGGAAUGA